GCGGGGCGCCUGCGCGCGGCGGGGCCGGGGCCGCCGGCUCCUCCCCUCCGCGGGCGCUGGCGUGGUCAGGACGCUCGGCGGCCCGGCAGGCUUCGGGGCUCUUCGCGGCUGUCGCCCCCUGCUCUGCGGUCGGCCUUGGCCCUGCCACUGCGAGGGAAGCGGCGGAGGGGAAGUCAGACAGAUGCUCGUGAGUGCCCCAUGGCUGCAGCUGCCUCGGUUCAUUCCUUUGUUGCCCAGUGUAACUUGGAAGCGUUCGUUAGGUCAGUUCAUCUUCUGGGAUCCAUCCCUGCCUUCUGGUUAAGGAAGCCAGGCACACAUACAGGAUGACUCAACAGUGGGAUGGAUGUUCAGAUGCCAGAAAGGUGCUGGUGACUUGACAGGAACUUCCACAUUCUUUGGAGAGCCCUGCUGCAGGUGAGCCCUGGUGGGGAGCGGUGCAGCGGGAAUACAUCCCAUCCUUCCAGGGGCUGAAAACUCCACCAUGAAGAGAGCUAGGCAGAAGCCUGAGGUGGAAAAUGAAGCUCCCCAAACAUCACAGAAAAGCAAAAAACAGAAAACUUCUUUAUGUGGCUCAGUGCUUGGUGGCUCUGCCCUGCACAGCUCUCUGGACUGGGGCAGCCUCCCCCACCACGUCAUCCUGCGCGUCUUCCAGUUCCUGCCCUUAGUCGACCGGGCCAGGGCUUCUUCUGUCUGUCGAAGGUGGAACGAGGUUUUCCACAUCCCAGACCUCUGGAGGAGAUUUGAGUUUGAACUGAACCAGCCAGCUACUUCUUACUUAAAGUCUACCCACCCUGAUCUCAUUCAGCAGAUUAUCAAGAGGCACGCGGAUCAUCUGCAGUACGUCAGCUUCAAGGUUGAUAGCAGUACUGAGUCAGCAGAGGCAGCCUGCAACAUCCUCUCUCAGUUGGUAAACUGCUCCAUCAAGACACUGGGUUUGAUUUCUACAGCAAAACCAAGCUUCAUGAAUGUCUCCAAGGCUCAUUUUGCUUCAGCACUGACAGUAGUGUUUGUGAACUCCAAGUCACUGUCAUCAAUCAAGGUAGAUGACACACCCCUGGAUGAUCCUUCCUUGAAGGUUCUUGUUGCUAACAAUAGUGAUACUCUGAAACUGCUGAAGAUGAGCAGCUGUCCUCAUGUGUCCCCUGCUGGGAUCCUCUGCGUCGCUGACCAGUGCCACGGGCUGAAGGAGCUGGCUCUGAACUACUACAUCCUAAGCGACGAGCUGCUGCUGGCGCUGUCCAGCGAGAAGCACGUGGACCUGGAGCACCUGCGCAUCGACGUGGUGAGCGAGAACCCCGGGCAGGCGCGGUUCCACACCAUCAAGAAGCAGAGCUGGGACGCGCUGCUGAGGCACUCCCCCAAGGUCAGCAUCGUGAUGUACUUCUUCCUGUACGAGGAGGAGUUCGACGCCUUCUUCGGCGAGGAGACGCCGGUGACGCACCUCUACUUCGGGCGCGCCGUCAGCAAGGCGCUGCUGGGCCGCGUCGGCCUGCACUGCCCCCGCCUGGUGGAGCUGGUGGUGUGCGCCAACGGCCUGCAGCCGCUCGACGAGGAGCUGCUGCGCAUCGCCCAGCGCUGCAAGCACCUCACCGCCAUGGGGCUGGGCGAGUGCGAGGUCACCUGCAGGGGCUUCCUGGAGUUCGUCAAGAUGUGCGGGGGCAGGCUCGCCCAGCUCUCCAUCAUGGAGGAGGUGCUGAUCCCGGACAGCGACUACACCUUGGACCGCCUCCGCCUGGAGGUCUCCCAGCACCUCGGCAGGAUGUGGUUCCCUGACAUGAUGCCCACCUGGUGACCCCGGGGCUGGGGCGCUCGGGGGUGUUGCUUUCUAUGCAAACAAAGAGCUUGAAAAGGCAA